UUUUUUUAUUUCUAUUAUUUCAAGUUUCUCAUUCGAAUUUUCUGAUUUUGUGCUUCAUUUCGAUUUCGUCGAUUUAUUAGUUCGUUACUUGUUGAUGUUGAAAGUUGUGCAGUGUCUCUAAUCAGAAAAAUAAAAUUCUCAUUGAGUUAUCUUGAAAAGAAAGAAAUAAAAAUCAAACUAAACAAAUAUUAACCCACUUAAAAAAUUCUUGAUAAAGAAAAAUUAGAACACGCUAAAAACAUUAAACAAUUAAGUUAGCUAUGACAUCAAUUACAGGACGUGCUUUGCAUUAUGUUUUCAAAGUCGGUGAUAGAGCUAAAAAUGCUUUCUUUUAUCGCAGCAUUCUUGGAAUGAAGGUACUGCGGCACGAAGAAUUCACACAGGGUUGUGAUGCACAAUGUAAUGGACCUUAUGACAAUCGCUGGAGUAAGACUAUGGUUGGUUAUGGACCUGAAGCAUCUCAUUUUGUUAUCGAACUCACUUACAACUAUGGAGUGAAGAACUAUGAACUAGGAAACGAUUUUGGUGGCAUCACAAUAAAAUCCAAGGAAGCCCUCGAGCGCGCAAAAUCGAACAACUAUCCAACCACAAAAGAGAACAACCUUGAUGUGCUGACUUCCCCUGAUGGAUACAAAUUCUUUGUCAUCAAUGAACCCCAACCCAGUCAUUCUGAUCCAGUGGUUGAAGUUACAAUUAAUUCAUCAAAUCUCAGCAAUUCCAAAAAAUAUUGGAAGGACUUGCUCAAGAUGACAUUACUCAAGGAAGAGAACAAAUCGUUGCUUCUCUCCUACGGCAAUAAACAAGCAUCCCUACGAAUUCGUGAAAUCUCAGAGCCUUUGAAUCGUGCUAAAGCCUAUGGACGAAUUGCUUUUGCUGUUCCUCUCGAUGAACAACCAAAAAUUGAUGAAUUAAUAAAAGCUGCAUCUGGAACAAUUCUAACACCACUUAUAACCCUGGAUACUCCUGGCAAAGCCACCGUUCGUGUUAUUAUUCUUGGAGAUCCUGAUGGUCAUGAGAUUUGUUUUGUUGAUGAAGAAGGAUUUUCACAGCUAUCAGCUGUCGAUCCAGAGGGUGAUAAACUCUUGGAUAGAUAUAUUGGAAAGGAUCCAUUCCAAUCGAAGUGAAGUUAUUGAACUUAGUGUAUAAUACUCAGUUGUAAGAUAUGUAAUGUAAUUAGUAUGUUUUUUAUUUGAUUUAAAUGGUAAUUGAUGUGAUUCAAAGUUUACUUAAAUAAAAUUGAUUGAUAUUUUCUUAUUUUAA